GGGGGCGCUGAUGUAACGCUGCGAGUGUUAAAUGUUCACGUGACACAACACGGAACUCACCGGUCGAUGCUGGAUGUCAGUGAGGAGAACUUUGUUUUUCAUUGUAAAGUUUACCGUGUGAAAUGACUGGUUUGAACACAGUUAUUGACCUGAUCAUUUGCACGUCGACAAGAUUUGGGAUUUGAGCGAUAAUGGCGGAGAACUGGGCCGACAGGAUCUCUGCUUUCUACCGCAGCCCGUCUCGCUUCCUCUCCGGGACAACAGCUGAGGCUUUCCUCGCAGAGCUGCUCCAUGAGCUCCGAGAUGACAGAGCCAGUUACAGUGUCAAGGUCCUCCUGUUGUCUCCACUAUGCGAGUACCCGACUCUGCUGUGCCUCUCAGACUCAGUGGGUGAGGAGACAGCCCUGGAGCUCAUGUCAGUGUUUGUCCAGUGUCCUCCCAAGUCUGUCCAGUUUCGUUGUCACCUCCUCCUGGCCCUCACUUCUGUGCUAGUCUGCACCUCCUGCGUGAGCAGCCGCUCCCGUGCAUCUCAAGACUUCCUGGACCUGCUUCUUCAGAUAGCCCAGGACACCAGUGACCUUCAUGGUGACAGCUCUCUUCGCUCUUUACGGGCCACAGCCUGUGACUGCCUGCGGGAGCUGGAGGCCUGCUCUCCAGGCCUUCUCUCCCAGUGCCUCGAGCUCGUAGGUGGGCUCCGGCAGCAAGAAACCUCCCGGCUCCACCAGGCCUAUGCAGGGCUCCAUAUUCUGGUGUUAAGAAACGCAGUCUAUCAGCUCACCCAGGAAAUAGGAGCCGGUGCUGAGCAUCUUAAGGCUCUUCUGGGAGGCAACACAUCAGGUGCAUGGGAGGCAGAGCUGGACUCGGGCUUGAUGAAUAACACAGACUCAGCCAUACUGUCCUCUCUUAUCCUGGGGCCCAUGGGCACAGUGCCGACCCUGCAGACUGGGCCUGACUGUAAGGAGUUGCGUUCCGUGCUGUCCUCCCUCCUGGAGGAGUCCUACCUCCUCACGCCUCUGUGUCAGGCUGCGCUGCUACAUAGAGUGACAGAGGUGGUUGCCAUGGUGCCUGGUGUCUCUCCAGCUGUAUUCAGAGCUCAGCUGCUGCGACUGUUGGGCACCAGCGAGGUUUGCCUCCUUCACACCACUCUGCUGAUGAAGUGUGCGUUCACAGACAGCUUGUUCAGCGCCGAAGACGAAGCCUUCAUCCUCCAGCGGCUGGUCGUGCUCUGCCAGCAUCCUCUGCUGAGUACACCCGAGAAGCUUUUCUACAUGGACUGUAUCCUGCACUUUCCUGAGAACCGGCCAAUCGGCUUUGGCGAUGGGGACGAGGCCCUCCCUGUGCUGCUGACUCCGCGGCUAGCCUCGGCUCUAGUACCCACGGUGUUCAACGACAGCGCCACCAUGCUGGCCCGACUCAACAUGCUGUCUCUGGUCUACCUGGAGGAGGGGGAGGAGGGAGAGGAGAGCAGGGGGCUGGCCUACCUCUACGAACACCUCACCUCGCUGCUGCACAUCGUGGAAAACGGAGGCAGCCGAGAGAUUGUCGUCACCUUCUUCAGAGCCGCCUACCUCUUCCUUUUUCACUUCUGCCACGUGGAGCGCUACUUUCUCAGCCUGAUUGAGAAGCUGUGUAAGCUCUACCUCCGCCACACACACCUGGCUCCACACUUCAUCAACCUGGCCGACCACACCCAGGACAAGCUGACUGAGUCCCACUGGGCUGUGGUGUUCCUGAAGGCGCUCCAGGGAUUCGUCACUGAGGCCCCGCUCGCCCAGCUCACCUUACAAGACCUGAGAUGGCACCUCAAGAUGCUGGCAAGAGUGGCGGAGGAAGGAGAAAUCCAGCAGCAGAGCACCCUCAGCUUCCUGUCCAGCGUCAUCACUCCGUCUUCCUCCUCUCUGUGCGUGAGCGGCGACUGGCGUCUGGGGAACAGCCUGCUGGGGGUUUGCCGCCGCCUCCUCGUCCACCCUAGCCUGGACUCGCUGCUCAUCCCUCUGGCUGACGUGCUGCAGCAUCUCACCUGCCGCUAUGGAGACACAGACAUCCAGGACCACGCCCGCCUCUACUACACCCUCCUCACCACGCUGUCCAGGGAGAAGCUGGCCGGGGUUUUGGCGCAGGGUUCUACCGAGGGAGGGCGGCAGGUCAAGAAGCGAUCACUGUCCUGCAUCGUGGCUGAGAGCGAGGGACUGACGAGCAUGCUGACCAUUCACCAGACAGAGAAAACCAUAUUCAGGCUGAGUGAGGCCGGUCCUGAGCCACAAGAAGAAACACAAACUGAAAGGGACCUAAAGCAGAAUGAGACCGGCCCAGGAGAGGCGAAUGCAGCACUGGACGUUUACAGAGCUCAGUUUGACGUCCCUGGCUUUGCCUCAGAAAUCACUUUAAACUACCAGCUCACUCAUAUUGAAGCGACUGACUCCCACUUUGAUCAGCUCUUCAGCAUCCGCCUCCACUUCAACCUCACAGACGACCACUACGAAGAACUGAGCGACAUCAGUGUCCCGUGUCUGUUCAGAGAGAGAACGUCACCCAACGUUAGGCUGAGACUUAAGCCCAGACGGCCCUACCCCACCACCCUCCACGCCAGCGCCAUCUUCACCACCCAGGACGGCCUCUCCUGGCUCACCGAGCUGCCACACAUCCACGUGGCGUUCCAGCAGGCCUUUCUGCCUCUGCCCGCUCCACCGGCCUGGGGACGAGGCCGCAGACUGAGCUUGUUCGAGGGUUUAUGGGAUGAAAUGAACUCUGAUGGCGGAGAGGACCUGGCAGGCGGAGCUACCAGCCUGUUCUGCUGCCAGCUGAAGGAGGCAGCUCUGACUGGCUUGGUGGAGAAACACUUCCUCCCCUACCUUAUAUCAGAUGUGUCCGCUAAAGAAGAAUUCAAAGUGCUUUUCUUCCUCCCGCCACAGUCUCACCUGCUGCUGAGGAUCAGGUCGGAGGAUCCUGUGCACUUCGACAUCGCCACAGAUAACUGGCAGCUUCUGCCGCACAUAAGUUCUUAUUUACUGGCAAUCACAUCCUCACAGGAAGACACUUGACGUAUGAUUGUGAUGCACCUUACUCGCUUGUUUUUAUUUUUUUUUAAGCUGAUUUUUAACAAAAUCAUUGCAGUUGUCAGCGCUUUAAUAACUCAAAUUGUAUGUGAAAUUAAAUUGCUGAAGUAAAAUAGUUAUUGCACUUUAAUUGUGUUGACCUGGAAUAAAGCAAAUGUGUCAAA